AUGUCCUCUGUACGUCUGGCCCUCCGGGACCUGGAGUGUCUGUACUGCCCAGCGUCUGCGCUGUCCAGCGUCUGCACUGCCCAGCGUCUGAGCUGUCCAGCGUCUGUGCUGUCCAGUGUCUGUACUGUCCAGCGUCUGCCCUGUCCAGCGUCUGCACUGUCCAGCGUCUGCGCUGCCCAGCGUCUGCGCUGUCCAGCGUCUGCGCUGUCCAGCGUCUGCACUGCCCAGCGUCUGAGCUGUCCAGCGUCUGCGCUGUCCAGCGUCUGUACUGUCCAGCGUCUGCCCUGUCCAGCGUCUGCACUGUCCAGCGUCUGCACUGUCCAGCGUCUGCGCUGCCCAGCGUCUGCGCUGUCCAGCGUCUGCGCUGCCCAGCGUCUGCGCUGUCCAGCGUCUGCGCUGUCCAGCGUCUGCCCUGUCCAGCGUCUGCCCUGCCCAGCGUCUGCGCUGUCCAGCGUCUGCCCUGCCCAGCGUCUGCCCUGCCCAGCGUCUGCCCUGUCCAGCGUCUGCCCUGUCCAGCGUCUGCGCUGUCCAGCGUCUGCGCUGUCCAGCGUCUGCGCUGUCCAGCGUCUGCGCUGCCCAGCGUCUGCGCUGUCCAGCGUCUGCCCUGCCCAGCGUCUGCGCUGUCCAGCGUCUGCGCUGUCCAGCGUCUGCGCUGUCCAGCGUCUGCACUGUCCAGCGUCUGCCCUGUCCAGCGUCUGCGCUGCCCAGCGUCUGCCCUGUCCAGCGUCUGCACUGUCCAGCGUCUGCACUGUCCAGCGUCUGCGCUGUCCAGCGUCUGCGCUGUCCAGCGUCUGCACCCAGCGUCUGCCCUGUCCAGCGUCUGCGCUGCCCAGCGUCUGCCCUGUCCAGCGUCUGCACUGUCCAGCGUCUGCCCUGUCCAGCGUCUGCGCUGUCCAGCGUCUGCCCUGUUCGGCUGCUGCUGGAAAAGCCUGCCACCGGGAGCCGGUCCAGAAGCCUGGCUGCUCCUCAAAACCAGAACUCACCUGCUGCACCUCCGGCCAAAGCAGCGUGGCCUCGGCCGCCCGCACCGGGCAAAGGGGCACGGAGGCAGCUCUGGCCAAACACAGGCCACAGCGAGACUCGGGCACGUUAGCUGAAGAGACAGAGGAGAAUGUUCUAGAAGACGGCAGCAAUGUGCUGGAAAGCAGAGGGGGCCGUGGCCGUGGUUUCCGGAGGUUGGGGGUGGUUGCUGUUAAUCGUGGAGCACCUGUCACCAUGACAGCUGCCCAGUCCCCCCCCCUCACCCUGGGACACGAGUCUGUGGGGGGAUUCUACAGACUCAGGAACACGGUGUCUAAGGGUCAGGGGCUCUGUGAGAUCCAGUCUUCCUGGAGCUCAGGAAGGAAUGGCGACUCCAUCCCCCCCAGGGCCUUUGCUCUUCGCCUUCUCAUUCCCUUCCCCCUGCUCUUGGUUGGGAAGGGCGCGGGAGCUGCCAGGUGGCCGGUGCUCUGUCCCGCACCAUCGCCGCCCCGGCAGCUGGUGAGAAGUUCUGACUCCCUCCCCCGACCUGUGCAGAAGACGACCUCUGGAGAGAGGUUGCUCAGGACGCUUCUAUUUUUAAGAAAGGCCGGCUCCCCGGUGGCCCGGAAAGGGCAGCUCUGCACCGCCUCGAUGCACAAUUGCCGCUGGAGGAGAAGCGUCCCCCGGUCCUUGCGCCAGCGCAUCAAUUAUUUAAGGCGGCUCUUCUGUGUCACUUCCUUUGGUGCGGGUUUUCGAGGCAGGGUCUCGCGUCCUGCUGCAGAGCCCCGGACGCUCUGUGCCAGCACCACGCUCCUCUGCCCCCCUGCCGAGGCCCGGGCAGCUCCCCUGCCCCCCUGCCCCCUGCCAAGGCCCGGGCAGCUCCCCUGCCCCCCUGCCAAGGCCCGGGCAGCGCAGCCCGCCCCCUCCGCCUCUCCACACCGCAGCAGGGGCCACCUCUCGCUGUCUUCGUGUCUGCCCGCCUCGUCUCUGGCCUGCAAAAGUGGCCAAGGUGCGCGUGCCCCUGGACGAGACGGCCCGGAGGCCACAGAGCCGGAGCCGGAGCCAGAGCCUGCGCUCGGCCCGGAGGCCACAGAGCCGGAGCCAGAGCCGGAGCCAGAGCCUGCGCUCAACCCGGAGGCCACAGAGCCGGAGCCGGAGCCAGAGCCUGCGCUCAACCCGGAGGCCACAGAGCCGGAGCCGGAGCCGGAGCCUGUGCUCGGCCCGGAGGCCACAGAGCUGGAGCCGGAGCCGGAGCCAGAGCCUGCGCUCAACCCGGAGGCCACAGAGCCGGAGCCAGAGCCAGAGCCUGCGCUCGGCCCGGAGGCCACAGAGCCGGAGCCAGAGCCAGAGCCUGCGCUCGGGGUGAUGCCCGCCCCCCCAUCAGAUCCUGACGGCGGAUUUCUCAGUGACAAACCAAACACAAAGGGCCACACGCGCUGCCAGACACACGUGUCACCGCCGGCGCUUCAGGGGCAGCUGGAAGCUACCUUGGAAAAGGAACGGGGGGUCAACGUUCUUCACAGCCAGGACAUCGAUGCCGGCCCCGGCCCUGCCCGCCCGAGCGCCGAACCUUUAGGGGUCCGCCACCAGCACCGCAGCCCCGACGACCGCGGGGAAGGACCGGACAAUCCACCCCGCGGCACCCCCCGGGAAGGACCGGACAGUCCACCCCGCGGCAUCCCCCCGGGAAGGACGGACCGGACAGUCCACCCCACGGCAUCCCCCGGGAAGGACGGACCGGACAAUCCACCCCACAGCAUCCCCCGGGAAGGACCGGACAGUCCACCCCGCGGCAUCCCCCCGGGAAGGACGGACCGGACAAUCCACCCCACGGCAUCCCCCGGGAAGGACCGGACAGUCCACCCCACGGCAUCCCCCGGGAAGGACCGAUCCACCCCCGGCAUCCCCCGGUUGAAGACGUGGUGUGCCUCAGCUGUUGUAGGAGGCUUCCUGCCACCCUCCUGGGCUUCCCUCUGCCACCCACCGCCGUGUGCUUCCUGUUCCUUGCUGGCUCCUUCCCCCAGCAAGGUGCAUGCAUCCCCGUCCUGGAUACCCGGCCACACCACAGGUGCCAGCUCUGCCCGCUGGGCAUCCCCGCACGCUCUUAGCAUGCCCUGGGACCAUUCACUCGGCCCCAACCUUUCCAGCCUGGCCACUUGUGGCUCUUCUACAUACUCUUCCUGUGCCCUGCGUUAUUGCCCUGUUCUCGUCCAUGCCCUCCGGGACACGGAAAGAAGCCAGGCCGGUCCAGGACCAGCCUGCACACCCUGGCCGGGCCUCGCUCUUGUUCUUGGUGGCCAAGUGAGCCUGUUCCGGAGAGAUGUCGCAUCUGGGGAAGGUGGGGGGGCGGCUUCUCUCUGUCCCCCAGUCCUGCAGCAAAGGGAGUUCCCUAGAGGUUACCCCUUGGUCCAGGCCUGCUUCUGACUCCCCACGUUCCCACAAUGCCACGAGUUGGAAGAACCUGGAACUUGUCCGCGCUGCGGGCAGCUGUGUCAGGCUGCCCAGCGAUGUCUUUGUGACACCCGGGCCUGUGUGGGAUGACAGCUGGGGAUGGGCUCUCCUGACCACCGGUGCUGCCCACGAUCUCCAGUGGAGAGUGCCCAGGCCACCUGCGUCCAGGUGGCCAUGAUGGACCUGCUCUGGCUCCAGACCUUCCCCGUCCAUCCCCGUGGCCCCGGCCUCGGCCCUUGAACCACUCACCAUCUCCGGGUCUCCAAGGAUGCCUUGUAUGGGGCCUGCCUUCCCCCGCCUGGCCACCGUGUCCAGACUUUGUCCAGGAAGACAGGGUUACCAAUUCGAGCAGGCCCGGGUGGCCAGCUCCUCUGGAAGCUGGGAUGGCAGAGCGCCAGGGCCCGCCGGGUGCGGCGAUGCAGAGCUGGCGCAGGCCCCUGGCAGGGGUCCAGAGCUGGGCCUCGGGCGGACCGCCAUGCUUUCUUCACGGUGGACAACUGAGACCUCAGUCCUGGGCCUUAGGCUCUGUGGAAUGUGCUCCCCGCCAUACUCCAGUGCCAAAUGGGUGGUGUGUACCUGGCCAGCCGACAGUGGGCGGGCG